AUUCAUUCUUAAAAAUUACCGAAUACGAAACUUCAUUCUUUGCUUUGGGUCUAGAUUCUUUAUCUGCAACUAAAUUACGUUCUAUUCUUCGAAAGCAAUUUUCAUUUAUCGACCUUCCUUAUGACGUGAUUUUUGAACAUAAUACUGUUCAAAGUCUUACACAUUAUUUGAUGAAAGAAUUAUCAAAAAGCAACGUUUCACAAAAUCAAUAUGCCAAAGAUGGUCAUGAAGAAAAACUUCUGGUUCUUAAAGACGAAGUGAACUCAUACAUUAAAAAGUAUAAUCAAAUCAAUAACUUUCCUUCUAUAGGAUACGUUAGUAGAACUUCAAGUGAUGAUGGAAAAAAUGGUGAAACGGUCCUUAUAACAGGAGUUACUGGAUCUCUUGGCUCUUUCAUCCUUCGAGAUUUGUUAAAUAAUCCUAAAGUACUUAAAAUUUAUUGUUUAAUAAGAGCUUCAGAUGAAAAUAAUGGAUGGUUUAGAUUAAAAAAUUCAUUUGAGCAACGUUAUUUAGAUACUUCGUUAUUAUCUAAAGAACGA